AUGAAAAUAUCGACAAGUAUUAUAUUUUUUAUAAUCUCUGUUAUUUUUAUAAUACUUUUACCAAAUAAUAAUAAUAAAAAUUUAGUACAAUCAACAAAAUAUGAAGACCUUAGUUGCUUAUCAAACUUUUUAUCUCAGGUAUUUUCUUUCCCACCAGAGGAGACUGUAGUUUGCUCAAACUCAAUUAUUGACGCCAAUGGAUUCUCUUACUACCCAAUGUGUAAUUCUGAUGAUACUGAACUUAUUAAAUUAUCGAUCAAAAUGAUUUCAUUCACUCCAAAAAAAAUUACAUAUAACCUUUUAAACUGUUUUACAAAUUUAGAAGAAUUAACUUUAAAAAACUUUUUAAUAGCAGAAAACGCAUUAGGUACUGAUGAUGACUCUAAAGGAGUUGCUACUAAAAUUUUUCUUGAUGAAUGUUCAUUCGAUAGUGGCUACAUAACCUCAAGCGAUCAACUUAACUUAAGUUUUGAUUUUGUUUCAGAUUAUCCCGACAAAUUAAGUGAUCCAAAAAAUAAAAUUAAAAAACUAUCAAUUAAUGGUACAUUAGUAGCAUCAGAUCCAAAUGGGUACUCGAUUCAACCAGGUCUUGAAAGUUUAGUUCUCAUAGGUCAAAGUAUUGAUUUUAAUAUUGCAAGUAAAUUCCCAUUCAAUACCCCAUUCCCUGACUCUUUAAAAGAAAUUUCUGUAAAUUCAUUGGGUUUAACAAGUUUACCUACAGUUUUUCCAGAAGGAAUUGAAAUAAUUGGAAUUGAUAAUAAUGAUGGUAUUAGUUCAGAAGGUAUAUUUACAUUACCCGACUUUUCAAAUUAUAAAAAUCUAAAAAAAGUAUCUUUAGUUGGUAAUAAAAUUAGCGGGUCAAUUCCAGAAUCAUAUUGCUUAUUUGAACCUGUUUUAACUGAUAAUAAUCUUUCAGGAAGUUUACCAAAAUGCUUUUCAUGUUUUAUUGAUCAAUUUCCCACAAACUUUAAUGGCAACUUGUUAACAAAUAUUGCUAUUUGUGAAUCAGGCUCCAUUGUCCCAAGUUUAGAGUAUGAUAGCUCCUCAAAGCAACUAAUACUAACGGGUAGUACUCUUGGGUUGCAGGGUCCUUUUAUAAACAAUGUUAAGAAAUCAUUUCAAGUUGUAGUUCCACAAUCCAAAUAUACAUUCUCUUGGGAUACAGAGGCAUAUGGUCCACCACCAGAUAAACUUUCAGUACAAAUUGGCUCAAAUAAUUAUACCUUAGCAACUAAAAUUUUGGACCCUAAAAUCUAUGUUGUAAGAAAAGGAGGAAAUACUUUUACUAUUGAAGGUAAUAAUUUUUCCUAUGAAAAAACUGAUAUUAAAAUCCAUAUUGCAGGUAUUGAAGCUUCUAUUACCCACAUUGAUUAUUAUACAAUUGUAUUCAACUUUAUUGGUAAAACAUUGCCAUUUGAUAAACAAGUUCCAGCCACUAUUCAAAAUACAAAACUUUCGAAAAUCUUUUCAUUUUCAGUUAAUACUAUUGAUAAUAUUACAACUCUAGUAACCCAAUGUAAUAGUGAUUGCGGUAUUCCUUUAGGUUUAGGUCGAAUAUGUAAUUCAAAUAUAGGUAAAUGUCAAUGUGAUAUUUAUUAUGCAGGAGAAACAUGUAACCUUCCAAAUCAGUUUUUAUCUUCAAUAUCCUCAAUCCCAGAAACUGGUGGUAAAGUAGAAAUUUCAUUUGCAAAUUGCACUGUUGGUGCAGGUACCGGUACACAAUCAGUUACAGUAUUCCAAAAUGGUAUUACCUGGACCCGUCAAAAUUUUUUCCACUUUACUCAAACAACUUUCAAAUGUCCAAAAGACUGCUCAAACAAUGGUCAAUGUAAUACAGCAACUGGUCAAUGUAAAUGUAAUUUAGAAUGGGCAGGUUUCGAUUGUAAUUCAAAAGCUAAUAUUGAUGGGGGUACAGCAACUACUGGAGGUAGUACAGAAACAACGCCAAUCGAAAUUCCAAAAUCAAAUACCACAGUUAAUGAAUCAACAGGAUCUACAGCGAUCGGAAAUCAACAAACAGUUUAUGAAAUUAAAAUACUAUCAUUAGCAGAAAUAAAUGUUUUAGGAGAAAUAGUAAAUUUAUAUAAUUUAACAAAUAAAUGGAGCUCAUCAAGUAGUAGCAACAAAAAUAUUUAUUCAUUCACCCAAACCAUUGAACACUCAAGUACCAUCACAUAUACAGUCGAAGAAAUUAAAACAGAAAGAGAUUAUCCAUUCGCAGGUUUAGAUUUAACAUUAGAUAAAGAUUCAAUUAAAAUUACAGUAUCAAUCAAAAACUACCCAUUCUCAAGUGUACUUAAUACAUUACAACUAAGAUUAGAAUCAACAGUAGGUGAAAUUGAAGAUCAAUCAAAUAAUGAAUGUAACAAUAAAGGAACUGAAAUUGAUACCAACCAAAUCGACAAAGACCAACUAUUAAACUAUGUAACAAUAUCAAAAAAUAAAAAAACACUUUAUGGUCGUUUUAUUAACAGAGUAUUAAGUAACGAAAGAGAAACGUUUAUUACAACCGAAGUUAUAUCAAAAAACAUGUUCAGUGGCACAUCAGAAAACAAUAUUAAAAACAAAGAUACAUUUAUCAUUGGUCUCAAUUUACCACAUUGCUCCUCUGAAUGCUUAAUCGAUCCAGAUUUCUCUGUGCUUGUCAGUAGCGACUAUAAACAAUGUGAAUCAAAAAGAGGUCGUGCAUCAUGGGUAUUACCAGUAGCAAUCAUUGUGCCAUGUGUUGGUUUAGUAUUAAUUAUAAUUAUAGGCGCCAUUAUAAUCAAGAAAAACCGUAUUAAUUUUUUAAUGGCAAAAAGAAGAGUAUAUAAAUUAAAAUCAUUCAACUAA